AUGUCGGUCGCUCGUCUUGCCUGGUUGGAGCAUGGGUGGGUAGUUUUUGAGCUGGAGAAGCCCAGACCGGUGGUAGUCACCCAGAAAGGUGAAGAAGAGUUCAAAGUUGAACAAGUAGUAGAUGCAUGCUUGAAGUGUGGAAAAUUAGAAUUCCUAGUCCUAUGGGAGGGCUAUGGAGACAAGGACAGAAUACGGGAACCAGAAGCCCAUCUGGACAACUCCUGCAAUAUUGUUUGCAAAUCUUAUUCUAAGAAUCCUUUAGCUCCUAGGAAGCUCAGAGGUAUGGAUUCAAAUCUUUUUAAAAUCCUUUUUCAACCUAUACCCAAAAAUUUAACUACUACCUCCGGUACUUGGUCUCGCCUGGAAGUCGAGCUUUAG